UUUAAAAGGUGUUUAUUUUUAACAGUUUUCUUCAUAAAUUGUGGUUAAUAUUCUGACGUGUAAAAUAACUCUCAUUUGCAUUAGCAUUUUCCUCAUUAUAUAUAUUUAAUUGUUUACAAAAGACAACUACACAACGACACUUGACUGAACACGGGAUUUAAAUGAAAACAUGAUCAUACAUGCAUUAGUAUGAUAUAAAUGGAUCAUUGCUUGUGCAGUGCAGUGUUGAUAAAUCAUAGUGUGAUGUGACAAUGAAUGCCAUAAAAAUUAAGGAAAGGUGGUUGAAAUUGAAGAACAAUGCCGUUCAACACUUGAAUAAUGAGAAAAUAAAGCUGAGCCAGUCCACAGCGCGCAUGGCCUCCGUGUGGAAGCGGCUGCAGCGCGUGAACAAACGCGCGGCCAAGUUCGAGUACACCGCCUCCUACCAUCGCGUGGACUUGGACACCUCGCCCAAAUGGAAACCAAACAAAUUAUCUAUAGUGUGGACGCGUCGCUCGCGGCGGGUCAUCACAGAUCCGGUCCAAUGGGAGCCAUCCUUGAAGGAUCCACUCAAAGGCAGCGUUAUGUUCGCGGUGCCAGAGAACCGUUCGGUGGCGGUGACGCUCUUCAAAGAUGCUCGCACCAACGAGUUAGAAGAUAAGGACUGGACCUUCGUGCUGGAGGAUGUAUCUCCCACAGGCAAGCGUCGCCGUCUCGCCGUUUGUGCCAUUAACAUGCGCAAAUACGCCUCCCUAGAACCUUCACAAAGGGCCUUAGUCCUAACCCUAGAACCUACUACACAGAAAAUCCAGUCAGCAUCGUUGCAUCUCACUCUCCACUGUGUUUUACUGAGGGAGGGACAGGCCACAGACGAGGACAUGCAAUCUCUUGCUUCACUCCUUUCCGUCAACAAUAACUCUGACAUUGCGGUGCUAGAAGACUUAGACGAAGAUGAUUAUACACUUUCUGACAACUCCACUAGACAGAUGUCCGAUCUCCGUCAACAAAUGGAGGAGAUGACGCAAAGCCUCACCAACAGCGAUAUCGCGGCGACGCCCAACAGCAUCCAAAGUCUUCGCUUCGACGCCACCCCUACAGCCCCUCACACCCCCCUCUCCCCCCUCAACGACCAGACCCCCACUAACGACCUAAAGAUCGUUGAAACUUUAAAAAAACCAGAAUUCCUACCUAAGAAUUUAAAAAUCGAACCUAAAAUGACUUCAACACCUAAACCGACGACUCCUCAGGAAUCCUUUAAAAGCGUAGUUUUCAAACCUAAGAUGGUGUCCCGAUUGAAUUUGAAACCGUUAGAUUUGAAAAGUAAUUUUAAUAGUAUAGGGCUGGAUCGGAAUGAUAAUGAAAAGGAUGAUGAGAAAACGCCGACAGCGGAGGAGAAGGUCGGGAGGCUUGAUAAGGAUAAAACUCCGGUGCAAGACUUACUAGAAUGGUGUCAGAUGGUGACAGGAGAAUACAAGCAAUGUCGCGUGACCAACUUGACCACCAGCUUCCGGUCCGGGCUGGCUUUCUGCGCCAUCAUACAUCGCUUCCGGCCUGAUCUCAUUGACUUCUCCGGCCUACAGCCCGAUGAGAGCGAACAGAAUCUCCGAGUAGCGUUAGAAGCUAGCGCUACGCUCGGAAUCUCGCAAGUUCUGACCGCGGCCGACGUGUGCAAGAGCAAACCUGAUAGAUUAGCCAUAAUGACGUACCUUUUCCAACUCCGAGCACAUUUUACUGGCAAUGAAUUACAAGUUGAACAGUUGGGAAACGAUGAAACCGAGUCAUCAUAUCUAGUCGGUCGGCACGACACGGACGGGUCGCUGCCGCGAGAUCUGUUCAGCAGAGAAAUUAGCACGAGGAGAUCUAAGAAUAUGGAGAACAGACCCAGGCCUGGGUCACAAGUGUCACAGGAUUCUCAAGUAUCGGUGCCAUCUCGGCAUUCACAGGAGCGAUAUACUCCCGACAAGCCCCCAAUUCAGCCAAUAACCUCCCCCGCGCAACGCACCCGCCUCAUGACUCGCAAGGAGCUCACGGACCCGUUCGGCUCCGACGACGAAGAGUCUCCUACAGCGCCCGCACCAGUACCCGUCACCGCUCCUAAUACUACCACGCUUAGUAUUAACACGUUCACCAGGCUUGUUGAUGAACCCCCAGAAAAACCAAAAAUCGAGACUGCGACCACCGACCCGCUACAGAUCACAGAACAGUCAGAAACAGAGGCGCCACUCGUAAAGGAGACCACGCCAGAACUACCCAAACCUACGCCGCAAUUGUUGUCGCGUCACGAUGAGCUUAAAGAGCGAGCGAGACAGCUGCUUGAGGCUACGAAGAGGGAGGCGAGAGCGAAAGAGAAGAAACGACAAGAGUUGAAGGAGAAAGAUGAAAAGGAACUUAAUGGGAUUAGGAAUGGAGAUUUGAGUCCAACUAAGCCCAUGACGGAAGAGGAGAGACAACAAAUGCUACGAGAGCGAGCGAGAAAGCUGAUAGCGAACGCGAGAGCUGGUAUUGUUAGUCCAACAUCACCGACCGGGUGUGUGCGAUCGCCGCGAGGCACCGUGGAGAUCAUCAGCAAGCAAUCUGUCAUGGACGAAAUCGCUGCAGAUUUACUAAAGUUCAAUGGCAAUGGCACAGUGGGAGGCGUGGAGCAGCUAGAAGCGAUGCUGUCCCAGAGCUCUCACUCCAGCCCCGGUUCAAGAAAGAGCGCUAGUCCGGAUCGAUCAGAGGGUUCCGUGGGAUCUCGAGGCCGGUCACCGUUGCCACUGGCAGCGUUACUUGACAACGCGAAUGCUGAAGAGGGCCGAGAAACGGGUUCCUACAUUCAGAGCGAGCUAGAAGCGUUGGAAAAAGAACAGAGCGCCAUCGACGAGAGAGCGGCGGCUCUCGAGAAGCAGCUGCGGUGUGUGAUGCAGAGCGCGGAUAAUACUGAGGAAGAAGACAGACUGAUGUCCCAGUGGUUCAACCUAGUGAAUAAGAAGAACGCGUUACUAAGGCGGCAGAUGCAACUUAACAUUCUUGAGCAGGAAGAGGAUCUCAGCAGACGAUGCGAGCUACUCGCAAGAGAGUUGCGACUUAGUUUAGGAGUCGAGGAAUGGAGGAAGACGGACGGACAAAAAAGACGGGAGAGGCUCUUAUUACAGGAGCUGCUGGCGGCUGUCAAUGAACGUGACAGGCUGGUGCAAGAGAUGGAUGAACAGGAGAAAGCGAUAGCGAACGACGACGAAAUAGAACGCAACCUGUCCCAGGUGGAGAUUCAGCGGAAAAACAACUGUAUCCUACAGUAAACUAGGUUUAUCGUUAUCGCUUAUGGUACGACUACACACAUCGCGAUACAAUGAUCUUGGUAAAACUUCGUCAGGUCCACGUCGAAUGUGCAUGGCCAUUAAAAUGCCGCAGAACAGAGCACUGAAAUGCGACAGAAGGCGAAGGGUCUGAGGCUUCGGGCGAAGUGCCAAAGUAUUCGCGAAUAUUCGGCCACAUACAUCGCGAUAAUGCAUUCGCGAUGUGUGUAACCGUACCAUUAAACACAGUGACUUAAUGUUUUAAGGCGGUUCUAAACCGCGAUAUGUCCAUUUUAAUGUAUUUUUUACAAAUAAAAAAAAUGAUUUUUUUUUUUACAGAAGUAUGUGAUUUUUUAGAUAUUGUUCUCCAUUCAGUGAAGUUUAUAUGUUUAUGCCUGACACCUGACAGAAUCGAUAAAUUCGAUACGUUAUUUAACGAAGUUACUUUUUUUUGUUAAUUUAGUGUGAACAUUGUU